AUGCGUCUGGCGGCACACGGUCAGGCGCUCCACUACCAUGAUAAGGAUGCCGUCGGGAAUGUGGCAGAGCUUGUAUCUAAGACACCACAGCGGAUAGAAUCGGUGACGUAUGGGUUUGCACCGUGCUUCAUCAACACCGACGCAAAGAUACAAGUGCCUGGGAAGUUCAACCACGGGGGAGCUCGCCGUGGGCCCAAGUACGAGGCACUGAAGAAUUCGGGAGGGCAGCGCGACGGACCGCUCGCAAGUGAGGAUGGGCUGGGGUUGGCAGCACCUGCGGAGGAGACGGUUUUUGAGCUCACCGAGGACCUGCUGCCCAUCCCUGAGUGUGAUGCCGAUCUGAUGGAAGACCUGCCCCCAACCGACCACCGCGAUCAGUGUGACGGGCUAGAGGAAGGGCUGGGGGGGCAGCAAGGCCAUGGGGUCGGAACGUCCUUGGGGGGUGGAAUUGCUCGGCAAGAAGGCACUGGGAUGGGAACAAGGCUGGAGGAAGUGGGAGCGGAGUCGGAAGGGGUGAGGGUAGGAGCAAUGCUGGAGGAAGGGGUGAGGGGGAGGGGAUGCGCUGGGGCGGGAAUAACCCAGGAGGUCCAGGGCAUAGGGGUGGGGGUUGGAAGUGGAGGGCAAGAAGGCAUUGGGAUGAGAACAGGGCUGGGAGAAGGGGGAACUGGGCCAGAAGAGGUGGGGGUCGGAUCGGUACUGGAGGAAGGGGGGCGGGGGGGAGAAUGCCCUGGGAUGGGAACGUCCUUGGAGGUAGGGGUGGGGGUAGGAAUGGGAGGUCAAGAAAGCGCUGGGAUGAGAACAGGGCUGGGAGAAGGGGUUGGAGUGCCGGAAGGGAACGUUGUGGCCGGAACAGCACUGGAGGAAGGCGAUGGGGUUGAGGGUCUUCUACAGGAGCCUCCAACUGACGAGGGGGUUCGGUUGCACGAGCUCGAGGAGGGGUGUCCUCAGGCCAGCGGAGUGAGAAAGGGAUGCGGGGCGGGAGAAAUGGGAGGGGAGGCACAAGUAAUGAACGGGGGUGGAGUGGGAGGGCAAGGAGGGGAGGAAGGUGUACCCACCGUGGGGGAAAGAGAUGCGGUUGGCGUGGGGGGAGAGGAGGAAAGAGGAGACAUGGAAGAUCUGGAGUGGGAGGAUGUGGAUGAGAUCUAUUUCUCCUCCCACCCCACCGUCGCUAGUACCUUCCACCCAGCCGUCGCUCUCCCUCCCAUUCCCGUAUCCUCUCCCUCACUUUCCGCCGUCACCUCUCCCUCCCACUCCGCCAUCGCCUCUCUCUCCCACCUCACAAUCACUCCGUUCCACCCCGCCAUCUCCUCUCCCUUACCUCCCCGCCGUCGCCUCUCCCUCCUCCCCGCCGCCGCCACUCCCUCCUCCCCGCCGUCGCCUCUCCCUCCUCCCCGCCGCCGCCUCUCCCUCCUCCUAGCCGUCGCCUCUCCUCCUCCCCGCCGUCGCCUCUCCGUCCUCCCCGCCGUCGCCUCUCCCUCCUCCCCGCCGUCGCCUCUCCCUCCUCCCCGCCGUCGCCUCUCCUCCUCCCCGCCGUCGCCUUUCCCUCCUCCCCGCCGUCGCCUCUCCCUCCUCCCCGCCGUCGCCUCUCCCUCCUCCCCGCCGUCGCCUCUCCCUCCCUCCCGCCGUCGCCUCUCCCUCCUCCCUGUCGUCGCCUCUCCCUCCUCCCUUCCGUCGCCUCUGGCGACAGGUGCACGAGCGCAAGCGCGAGUUGGUGCGCGAGGGCGGGUCGAUGCGCGAGCUCGGAAGGGUGCGCGAGCGCUGUUUGGUGCGCGAGCGCGGGUUGGUGCGCCAGCGAGGGUUGUUUUCUGA